AUUCUGUUUUGGAAUAUACUUGCGCGGAAGAUAGAAGAGUGUUAAUUCAACUUGAGAUGGGGGCGAAGUCUACCUGAGCAACGCCCACAGUUGUCGUACACUUCAGAUUCAUCGAUCGGCCACACUUCAGCAAAAUUCAUAUUUAAUCUGGGUAAAGUGUGCGUAUAGAUACGAGCUGGGACGAUAAUCAUUAGGCUGGUAGACGAAGUCCCGUUGUUUUGUGAUACAAGUUAUAUUCUUUUGCCGUCAUUGUAUGCGGCAUUCUCUAGUAUACUUGACGUUCUCCAGUAGUCAUAUAUUACUAAACAAUCAUUACCGAUACCGAGCUCAAUAACAUGUUAUUAUCAAUGGACUUGUUCAUUUAAAACUCAAUCUAGACUCUUCCAUGUCCUGCUUCUGACAUAUGAAAAGUGAAUCGGGAACAAGGACACAUCUAACAGGAAUUGAGAACCUCUUCAAGUAUUAACUAUUGUUCUAGACCAUGACGACGAAGUUUCACGAAGCCGCAAAAGAGGGGCACCUGGACCCACUCCGCGAGGCCACUAAACGGGACUGCAACCGGACAGAUGAGUCCGGGAGGACCCCAACAUUAUGGGCUGCGACUAAUGGUCACAUAGAUGCACUUAGGUUGAUUGUUAGCAGAGGUGGCGACCCAAAUAAAGCCGAUUUACAGGGACACACAUCACUACACGUUGCUGCCCUCUACGGCCACAUCACAAUCAUCGAGUACUUGGUUUCAUUUGGUUGUAAUCUUUGGGCUCUCAAUAACGAUUAUAAAACAGCUAUGGCCUUAGCUUCGGAAGUAGGCUAUGAAGAGAUUGUCAAAAUAUUGGAUGACGUUUCAGGACGCCAGGCCGCGACCAACAAAAAAGUCGUUCAAAAGGCAAAGCAGAAAGCCAUCAAAGACGCAGACGACAGAGUAAAGAAAGUCGACAAGAUGGUGGAAGAACACGAAAAACAGAUGGAAAAGAAAGAAAAGAGACAGAGCAAGAGAAAUUCUUGUAAGCUUCCAGAUGAAACAGAGGGAAAAUCGAACCACAAUCGUAAGAGAGGUGACGGUGACGGAACGUCUUCUACAGGAGCACCAGCGUCAGAAUCGGGAAGCACCGAAAACUCUGGGGAAACAAGCGCGAAUUACCAGGAUUCACGAUUCUGGCUUCCGAAUCGCAACGCCACCGCGAUGAUGUCGCUUCCAAGAGAGGGUGAUUUAGGGGAUAUUGACGAUGCCCUAGCAACACUUGAUGACAGCAUUGAUGAUGUCAUUGGCCAUCCGUCAGAAUCAACCAAGCCGAGGCGACUGUCAACUGAUAAAGACACCGGUAGUCAUCACUCCAGGACGGCUAAACCAGGUGAUUCCAUCAGUACCGUCUUUCGCGGUAACGAGGCGAUGUGGGCUGAGGUAGACAUCGAUUUAGAAGACGAGGUCGACGCAUUAUCGUCAGCCAUCGAACUAUUUCUUACCACUAACGACCUCGAGGAUUACAUACCUGUCUUUUUUGAAGAAGACAUUGACAUGAAAGCCUUAGAGCUGUUGACGGAACAGGACAUUGUUGAUCUAAAGCUGCCUCUAGGUCCCAGAAGAAAGCUAAAUCGGGCAAUUGCCAGGAGAAAGGAAAUUCUUGCAACUCCUAGUCCAAUGCAUGAUUCCGCGAUGUGAACAUGUGGUCAUGGUGGUAGAGAAACCAUUUACCGAUGUAUAUAGAUACUAUCAUUUAGCAAUCUUUGCCGUAAACGGUCAAUGUAAAAAUACAAGUACUGAACGCAAUCAAAAUCUACUUGAUGCCAUUUGUUGGAACCACAAACGCACUUAAUCUCUAGUUGAACAACGACACGAAUCAUUGAUGAUAUCACUUAGCUUAGUUUGUCUAGCCGAAGUGGGACCCAUAUUGUGUGCCAAUGGUUUUGAAAAUUUAGAUAUAAUAAAAAUUUAUAUACAGUUAAGUAGAAUGAGAGUUCAACAUUAUAUGCCACUAUUGCAAAGAAUGCUCUCUGGAUUUGUUAUAACCUUUUUCUUUUAAUUUUCUUCCUCUAUUUCUCUUUCAAUGUUUGCUAACGAACCUUGUUUUGCAUGUCGUAUAUAGUCUACUUGUCUUGAAGGUCAUAAAAAGAAAAUAAUGUGCCAAACAAUUUUGCAAUUCUUAAAUGAAAUACAAGGGUAAUAUAUACGGGAGAGUGACACUUCAUAUACCUCUCUUUUUGAUACUCUUGUUUCCCUCUCUUCCUUUUAUUCCUCUUUUUUUUUACUAGUUGAAAAUUCAUAAGAGGGCAAUGGGGUCCUAAUGUAGCGCUCCAUCUGAGGAAUGAUGCCCCGAAUACCACACUCAUUUAUCUUCACUCCAAAGAAGCACCAAUAUUUACAUACCAAUCAAUUCUCGAUAGGACGGUAAAUCUAGAAAGAUGGCGCUGUUGAAAAAAAGGCAUAUCAGCGUAGUUUUUAUUCAUCAUCUUCUUUGGCAUAAUUAUUACGUUGUUGAUCUGAAGUGACAGUAAUUGAAAAGGAGGUGUCUUCGUGUUAAAGUUAUUUAGUUGAUUAUGAUUAUUCCCGGAAUACAUGCGACUCUCCUCAUCCUAUUGCUUGUAUUCGUCUUUUGUUUGUUUAUAAUGCCGAAUAGAGUGAUAAACAAAGUGAUAAUCAUGAAAAUAGUGUUAAACUGUCAAACGUUUAAGUCAGUGUCGUAUAUUGAUGAAGCAAUUAUCAUAAUGUGAAUAUGAAGGAGAUGAGGAAUGGGAGGAGUAGCAAUCUUUCUAAGAUGUCUUUUUUAAUAUUACGUAACGCUUAAGGUAAGUACUUAGUAGGCUUAUUACGCAAGCUAUCAACUAGAAGUAAACUAAGUAACUCUUCUAAUUGUAACUUAUUUUUAGGUCAUACUGUUUCAACACACCAGUAAUUUUGGUCUAAUUAAUGGGUAAUCUAAUAAUACUAAGUUUAAAACUAUUUUGUCGAUUGUGCUUCUGAUUUGAAUUUCUCUCGUUAAACAAAUAAUGAAAAAGAGUUUAAGCUUGAAAUAUUGUUUAUUUACAAUAUUCAAUGUGAAUUCUCAGUAAGUUCGUGCUCUUUCUGAUAUCGCAUGCUUACGAAGAUGAUAUAAAUAAUAAUUGGAUCUGUAUAUAGUAUGGUUUCGUAUUCUGGAAUAACCAUGAUAACCAGAUAACGACAUGAACGAAGAGUUAAUUCCAGUAGCAAAAAUCGUAUUUGUCAGCUCGACUUAAUUUUGAAAAUUGAAAUACAAGAACAUUAUAUAUCAUAUGAAUUAAAAGUCACAAUUGGAGAUUAUAUAGGGUAAUGCUGAUGAUAAUGAUGUCGAUGUUUUUGUGAUAGUAACACUAGAAGUUGUCAUAAUACUAUUUUUGUAUAACGUUGCUGAUGGCGAUGGUGACUUUUAUUAAGAAUAAUAUUGCACUUUAAGCUUGACAAUAUCUCUUUCCUGGAUUUAAAAAAAAUCACCAAUGCUCUUGUAUAAUUUUUGAAAAUAUAAUAAUAAUAAUUAUCAAUCUAUUCAUCGGAUAUAAAAAUAUGUCAUAAAUACCACAGUCACAUAAAUAAUGAUAACAAAAUAUCAUGUUUCUACUCUUUCUACAUUUAAAAAAAAAAUCCGCCUUUCUGAUCAGUAAACACCUAUUCACGACGCCAUAUUUUUUUUCAUUUAUCUGGUCGGAGAAGAAUAAUGGAUUACCCCCAUCAACUAUGAAGUACAUACAGACACAUCGAACUUAUAUAUCGUAUGAACUUUGAAGGGGCGGUUUCAUAAAGCUGUUUUUUAAGAUAAGCAUGACUAUACGAACUCCUGGAGCAGAUUCUUGAGUGAAACCUCAUUUUAUUUAACACGUUAACUUCCAUCAACUCAUUAAAGUUGAUUUAUAGUCUUGGUGGAUACAUAGUCUUGCCGUUAGCGGGAAUUUUAAUCGUGGGUUCUUGUUUUUUAGUUAAAAAAAUAAUUUAUUUCCCUGCACUUUAAAAACAUCAGGAAAAACUUGUGGCGUACCAUGAGAAGAUGCUCCAAGCAGUCGUCCGUAAAGUCUUGCGUAACGUCACGGACAGCUUAUAGAACAACUUCAUAGUUCCAGUUACCAAGAUUACCAAAAGAUGAUGCCUCUAAUCGUCACAUAAAAUUUUGGAAGAUGUUGGUUAAGAUGGAAAGGGGAAUAAUUAAAUUAUGUCAUGGUCUACGCAUUUUCACAUUCAUAUUCUCUUCAGAAUAAUAAUUGUCUGAUACAAUUCCAGGAUUUUGAGUAAACUCUAGUGUAUUUCGUUUCAUUUACGCAAAACAUGAACAUGAAUAUAAUCAU